AUGGGCUUUUCCAAGAGAAAACCAAAUCAAAGUAUGAAGUUCAUUGUGAUAUUUUUCUUUGGAGGAUUUCUUGGCUUAUUUAUAGGACUAUCACUUCCAACAUUCUCUACAACAAAGUUGAGUCUCCCAUCUAGUUUGCUUCCUUCCAUUGAUUUGGCUUGCAUUCGCGGGAACAAUGCAUGGUCUUUCAUGAAGAAUAAUCAGAUUUGGGUUCCAACAAAUCCUAGAGGUGCUGAAAGAUUACCUCCUGGGAUUAUUAAUGCUCAAUCAGACUUCUUUUUGCGCCGAUUGUGGGGUCUUCCCAAUGAGGAUUUAACCUCUAAGCCAAAGUACCUAGUGACUUUCACUGUUGGAUAUCAGCAGAAAAACAACAUUGAUGCAGCUGUGAAAAAGUUUUCAAAGGAUUUCACAAUCUUACUAUUUCAUUACGAUGGCCGAACGACUGAAUGGGAUGAAUUUGAGUGGUCGAAACGGGCUAUUCAUGUGAGUGUUCACAAACAAACCAAAUGGUGGUAUGCUAAGAGGUUUCUGCAUCCGGAUAUUGUGGCAUCAUAUGAGUAUAUUUUCAUAUGGGACGAAGAUCUUGGAGUCGAGCAUUUUAACGCAGAAGAAUACAUAAGACUAGUGAAGAAGCAUGGCUUGGAGAUUUCACAGCCAGCUUUAGAACCUCAAAAAGGCUUGAUUUGGAAUAUGACAAAAAGAAGAAAUGAUAGUGAAGUUCACAAAGAAACACAAGAGAAACCGGGGAAGUGUAAAUACCCUCUUCUUCCUCCUUGUGCAGCAUUUGUUGAGAUUAUGGCUCCUGUGUUUUCGCGAGACGCGUGGCGCUGUGUGUGGCAUAUGAUUCAGAAUGAAUUUGUGCAUGGAUGGGGACUUGAUUUUGCUUUUAGAAAAUGUGUUGAGCCUGCCCAUGAGAAAAUUGGAGUUGUUGAUGCUCAAUGGAUUGUUCACCAAGGUAUUCCAUCAUUAGGGGAUCAGGGAGAAGCACAAACUGGGAAGCCGGCGUGGCGGGCGGUUAAAGAGAGGUGUGGAAUGGAGUGGAGAAUGUUUCAAGGAAGAUUGACAAAUGCAGAAAAAGGAUAUUACAAGUCCAAGGGAAUUGAUUUUUCUGAUUUGCUAGUUCAUAACUAA